UCGCACUAGAGGUAAUCGUUUUUGAUUACCUGGUGCAUAGCAACAUUGUAUACAGGUAAACAAAAACGAUUACCUCUAAUGGAAAGCAAAAAAUCGGGGAUCCUAUAAAAGGUCAUCGCACUCGUAUCAUUUUCGUGAUCUUUUGCUUCGAAAAUAUGUAACAAUGGAUGAUCUUUUAGAAGAGCUUUUCACAUCCCUUGACAACACAGUAAACAACCCACAACCAUUCACCGAUUGGUUAGAGGAAUUACGCCGCCAGGUUGGCGAAGAAUGUACUGCUUCUACAGCAGAUGUUGUACCGUCCGCCCGUUUAACUCCAGAUGCUGGAGAUCCUGACACCGACUAUCGUUGGCUGGACGAAUGGUGCCAGGAAGUGAAUGAAGCAAACCGUCAGGAACUUGAACGUACAGCUUCUACAGCAGUUGUUGUACCGUCCGCCACUUUAAAUGGGGAUGCUGAAGAACCUGACACCGACUAUCGUUGGCUGGACGAAUGGUGUAAGGAAGUCAAUGGGGCAAACCUUCAGGAAUUAGUUGAUUUCUCUACUACUAAUUGCGACAUUUUGGGAACGUACAACGCCACGAACGAUGGGUUUUUGGCGGCGGCAGGAAGCAACGAUACUGAGUUUUUUCAGCAGGACGUCAGCGUUUUGGAAUCCAUGCAUGAACUGGAACCCAUGGUUCUGGAUGAACCACUCGCUGGGAGCAGCGCGCAGGAAAUCUGGCCUACGAGUACUGAGGCAGUGUGCUACAACUUUAGCACACCGCCGACCAUCACUAUCGUCGACCAAGGGACUGCCCCAGGGAACUGGGUAGCCGAAGCGGUCGCCAUGGCUUUCCUACAACCACCAACACCUGUGUGGAAGCGCACUAAUCAGAAAAUUGCCACCCACAUUCUAAUACCUUCCACGCUGCGCAAUGUGCCUUGGGAUGUGAGGGCGAAGAACCUUUUGAUGUUUUUUGGAGGGGACAUGGAUCCGGCCGGUUGGUUUAGCCAUGCGAUGCUGAUUUUCCUCACAAAGCGUAGCAUCCUGGAAAUCAGCCGCGGAGAAUUGCAGAUACUGCUGAAGUACCUCUUCAACGGAGGUUGGCAUAAGGAUGCGUUAAACUCGGUUAAAAGCUCUAACAGCAAAGAGGUCCUGUCACACCCGUAUCGGCGCUUCAGCCGCACCUUGCUGGCCUGGUACAGGGACUUUGCGGCUGGUAUGCAGUGUGAGAAGAAGUCGCGAACGGCGCACCUGACGUUGACCCGAAUUAGUCACUUUAAUUCUUACGAAGGUUGUGUUAAUAUAAACUUGGCUGCUGUUGAAUCAUUACUAAAGCAGCGGGAAAAACUCGCUGUUCUAGUGCCAGAAAAUAUAGAAGUUCCUGAGAUGAUUUAGAAUUUCUAACGACGAUGUUUUCAUCGAUUUUAAUAAAAUCUGGAAACAAAAAUCUGCUAGAGUCGGUAAAUUAUUCUCGCAUAACCUGCAUUCGUCCGAGCUCACAGUAUUAUUCGCAUUAGAGGUAAUCAAAUUGGAUUACCAAGAUAAUCGCUUUUGAUUACCUGUGUUAGAACUACGCAAUCUAGUGGCACAAAAGGUAAUCGGUUUGGAUUACCUCCACUCGUACAAGAUGUAAUCGUAUCAGAUUACCCAUAUUACACACGUCGAAGUAUAAAGAAGCUCUCGCGCCGCUUGGAAGGCGUAGUUUUUUCAGUUUUCUAUCGGUUUUAUCAAAAUUUUUGACAUUAUGGAUGGUGUAGAAAGCGAGGCUCCAUAUGCUGUGGAGGACUUUAUUCACGUUGAACGCACCGGUGAGAAAUUUUCUAAGAAAUACAGAUUGCAUUUCAAGUGUUUUUCGGUGAAAGUGUCCGAGCUGGAGAGGUUGCCCUUUUCUGAUGUGCCUCUAGUUAUAACACAGAUUUUAGAGAAUAUACUAGACACUCUGUUGGAGGGUGUCGGACCGAGCGAAAUGGUCAGGAUGCGAAUGGAUUCGAAGUGUUUGAAUCGACCGAUUUGGACACCGCCCAUUCAACGUUCGCAGCUGACUGUCGCCAGGUGGAUGGCGGAGGUCGCACGUGUAUUAAACUCCUACGAAGAGUUUGUUAUUGACGAAUCCUUUGAAAUCUCUCUCCAGUAUACAGAUAUCCCUAAAGGAACGUGUAAUCGUGAAGUUCCCGCCUUACUACGGAGACGUUUGCAAAAAAUGAGAUCGGUUGUGGUGAUCAAGAAUUCUGAUCAGAUUUGCCUUGCGCGCGCUUUGGUUAUUGGAAAGGCUCAUGCGGAUAAAAACUUGAAUCUGUAUCGGAAGUUGCUGCGAGGAAAGAAACUGCAAACAAAAGAAGCUCAAUGUCUUGUUCACCGAGCGGGGUUUAUUGAACAAGAAUUUAAUCUUCGGCAUCUGCAUAAAUUCCAAGAAAUCUUACAUCAGUAUCAGAUUAUUGUCGUCAGUGUGGACCAUGCGAAUUUGAUU